AUGUUGAUUUUGAAGCAAAAAGAGAGUUUGGCAAUUCUUCUAAUAUAUUCUUUAGAGGGUGCAAGAAAGAUAAUAUUAGAUAUGGUAAAUAGGAUUAUAUUUGGAGGAGAUUAUAAUGAGAGAAGUUAAAAAGUUGGAAAAUAGAUUGAGCCUGAUUUGAAUAAUGAGGAGAAGUAAAAUUAAAUCAUUUAAGAAAAAGUUAUAUUACAUUUACAGGAGAAUAUAAAGCAGAUAUUAAAGUAGGCACAUGGAAUACCUUUGUUAGACUAGAUUUAACGUAUUAAAUAAAAUUAAUAACAGUGGAGGAGGAUAUUAUAAUGAAAAAGGAUAAAAACAUGAAAUGUGGAUAGAAAAUUAAAAGAAUUAUUAAGGAAUUUAUAAAAAUGGAAUGAGAAUUGAAGAUUGGAAAAUAUUUAAUGAUGAUAAUAAAGUUAUGUAAUUAUUAAGAUUAUUUGAUUAUUGGUGGAGGAGGAAGAUAUUCUGAUGAAUUCAAAAAAAUUGGGAUUUGGAAAGAACCAUUUGAAAAUUAUGAUUAAUUGUAAAUUCAAUAUAAUUAUUUAGGGAUUUUGCAAUGUUUGAGGGAACUUAUUAAAAUGGUAUUAAAGUA